AUGGCCUCCAGCGAUUCCCCCAUUAGGGAUAAUAUGCCCCCUGCCCCCCAGGUUGUCCCCAGACCGACUGGCUCAACUGUCACUGAUGUGGCAGACCAGGAGCAAAUGAACUCGGAAGAACUUCAUUCUCUCCUGGAUGCCACUAUGACAAAAUCCGUUACCCAAGCUGUUUACUCAGCCAUGGGAGUUAUGUCGGACACUCUGUCCCACUCUAUUAGCCAUGCCCUCUUGGCCGCCCAACAGGCCUCUACGCACUUUGCCCCUAACCCUACAGAACACAUUACAGGCAAGGCCAGUGGGCGCAAAGCCACCAAAAAAGCUCGUCACAUGGACGAGGAAGCCUCCAAAACUUUAAGGACAGACAGGGAACGUCCUGUCAAAGAUAAUGUGUUUGCACCACAACAAAGAGCCACCCACCGGGCAAAAUCGGUGCGGAGUUGGAAAAGGGCAAAAGCCCAAGUGGAAUCAUCCCAGUCAGAUUCGGAACAGGAGGAGGCAUGGAGCGAGUCUGAUGAUGAGGACUCAUUCAAUUUGGGCACACUAUUCCCUGACCACAGCGCUAUAUCUAUGUCUGGGAAUGAGGACGAGGACGGGGUGGAAGGCUUCACCCUCCUUGACCCACAGGGCGAACCUUUGUUUGACCCUUAUAGUCUGCAGCACCCAAGAUCAACUGAAUGGUUCCCGCUGGACCAUGUGGCAAAAUAUAUUGCCGCACGGAUCAGGAAACCCCUUGAUAAGGUGGCAAGAAGUAAGAUGUGGGCAGAAUGCCCACGCCCCACGCUCCCAGAUUUAAUAUGUAUCGCCCCUAUAGUGGACCCUAAGAUUGCCCAGUUCCUGGGAAAAACUGGGUGGAAGGCGAAGAAGGGUCUCGAUUUUGCACUUCGCCAUUGCCAGGAUAAGAUCCUGGAUGUCCUCGGACCCAGUGCAAAGAUCUUUGAUAUGGUUGAAACGGCACUGGCAGGCGGUGCUCCCAUAGACCCGCUAGCUAUCAGGGGCUGGAUACAGCGAGCCAUAUGUCUUCUUGGAAAUGCCAACGUGGCUCUUGCCACUGAGAGGCGAAAGGCUAUAUUGAUUAAAAUCGAACCAAAGCUAGUUGCCUUGGCUAUCACUGAACCUGGGCCACAGGCCAAAGGCCUUCUUUUUGGGGAUAGUUUUGUGAAGGAGCUGGGUACCUAUGUGGGCACUUUUACUGCUCUGGACAAGGCGCAAGCCAAUAUGAAAAAGGUAUUCUCCCAUAGAGUUUUUGGCGGGGCCGGCAGAUAUCGGGGCCGUCUGCCCGGCCGUUCUUCCCGGGGCUCGUACCGGGUUUCUAGAGGCCCCUUCCAGUCACGUUACCAGAGUGAGGUACCCAAGCCCUCUCCAUUCUUCCCAGUUCGAGGAAGACCCUGGCAGGCUCGUGGAUCCAGAAGCGUUUCCUAUGGCCGACGCCCUUAUGGUGAGUCCACUUCCUUCAUCACUAACUUCAGUAACGUUGGUGGGGGGCAGGUUAGGCCACUUUAUCGAUGCCUGGCGAAUGUUAACUUCCGAUACUUGGGUCCUACAAACUGUAGUGGGUUAUGCCAUAGAAUUUGUACAAACACCUGUCCAGAUAUCCCCCCCCAGACACAUAGUCUCCUCCAUCCACGACAGGGCACUAA